AUGGGCUUUUUCCGGCGACUCUUCGGCCCUAAAAGACCCAAAAGCACCACUUCGCCGACGGCCAACCACAACAAGGAAAAUAGGACUACUUCUGCCUCUAACAAACAAAAGCUCACCACCGCCUCCACAUCAUCAGCUGCUCAAGAAUGGGUAGGAUUGGACGCCAACAAGCACGCCAUAGCUGUAGCCGCUGCUACGGCUGCUGUAGCUGAGGCCGCUCUCGCGGCGGCUCAUGCGGCGGCCGAGGUCGUUCGCCUCACUAAUGGAGCUGGACCCGGCACUUCCGAGCACGUUAGCUUACCCGUGGCGGCGUCGGCUAGCGUCAGCCGCCAUCUGGCAGCCGUAAAGAUACAGUCUGCUUUCCGGAGAUACCUGGCAAGGAGGGCCUUAAGGGCACUUAAAGCACUGGUGAAGCUUCAAGCUUUGGUGAGAGGCCACAUAGUGAGAAAACAAUCGGCAGACAUGCUCAGGCGUAUGCAGACACUGGUCCGAGUACAAGCCCGAGCACGUGCAAGUCGAACACUCAUGUCAGACUCACUACAUUCUAGCAGAAAAUCCUCCCUAUCUCACCACCCUCUCCCAGAAAGUCCUGACAAAAUUGGAUACCAACCCCGUGCUUGUAGCAGCAAAUUUGAUGGACCCUCAAUACUGAAGAGAUGCGGUUCAAAUUCAAAUGUAAGGGAUGUCGUAAAUCUAGACAGAAGACGGCUGGCGUCAGGUUGGUUAGACCGGUGGAUGGAAGAAAGUGCGCGGAACAACCGCCGAGAUGCUUCACUGAGAUAUGAGCAAGCAGAUGACAUAAGGGGAGACAAGAUACUUGAAGUAGAUACUUGGAAGCCUCACUUGGGCUCCCAACGUAGACCCCAAACCUUUCAAACGGCACAUCAUGUUCUGACUUCGGAUCGUUACAACCCAACCUUCAUGACAUUUGACUCUCCAUCCAAACAUUCGAUGAAAGAACCAAACCUGAUUCCAAACCAAGCUUCUAUGGACGUCUUAUCACUGAGCUCUCUGAAAUAUGCUAUAGCAACAGAUGAAGCAGCUUUUAGGAAUGCUGAGAACAGCCCACAAGCAUUUUCUGCCUCCUCUAGACCUGGAAGUAGCGGUAGAAGAGGACAUCACUUCACGCCAGCAAGGAGUGAAUGCUCGUGGGGUUUCAUUAAUGGGUAUGCAGGUUACCCCAACUACAUGGCUAACACGGAAUCAUCCCGAGCUAAGGUCAGGUCACAGAGUGCCCCAAGGCAAAGGCUUGAGGUUGAGAAAUAUGGUUUGACCAAAAAGUCUGUUCAGGAGUUUUGGGAUGCUGGAACUUGUUCAGAUACUAGUUUUGCUCAAGAUUCCGACUGCCGGAAUAAAUCAGUUUUUAGCUCUAGCCGCUUGAACAGACUUGGGAGUGCCAGUCCACGGUGA